AGGAGAGAAGCCAGUUCCUAGCCAUAUAGCUCCGCUAUGAAAAUGGUCCCUCAAAAAAAUCUGAAAGAGAACCAAACUAAAAGACGCGAAAGAAAUACAACAAAAUACCAAAAGAGAGGCCAGUUUACCUUGGCUCUUCAGCUCCAGCUUCGUCCGUUGACCUCUGGUGGCAGGCUCCAGGGACCAAGAGAUGAAGGGAGGAGGAUUGGGGUCUCGUCUCUUCCACCGUUCAUGGUGCCUCCUCCUCCAUUAGCAAGCGGAGCCACCCAAUUCGCCACCGUAUUGAAUAAGGUUGGCCAAAAUUUAGGUUGCAAUCAAACACAGACAUUUCUAAUUUUGCUGUAUUGGGAGUGCUUUGGUAACUAUGGCACUAGAGUUUAUUGGCGGAACACUGUUUACGCUGCUCUACGACGGCGUUAAGCAAGCGAUGAGCAAGAGCAGCACCUUUAAAUCCCUUCUGGGAGACCUCAAAUCUACACUAGACUCCCUAGUACCGAGAGACAUCCAACAAAUUGAAGAACAUAAUGUGGAAUUGGGUCUCCCCAACGACGAAAUCGAAAGUCUUAAAUUGAAGAUGGAGGAAGGCGUAAAGCUGGUUGUAAAGUUAUCGAAUUUUCGAAUGUGGAACUAUUGCUGUCUGUAUGAUUAUACUGACCAAAUUGUUGAGUUGGAUAGGGCUCUCAAAAGAUUGCUGCAAAAAUUGAAGAUGCAGGAAACAAGGGAUGUGAAAGAGGUUUUAUUGUUGUCGAGGGAAAACCGAGAUAAAUUGGAUGAAGUGAACAGAAGACUGUUGGAUAUACAGAAAUUACUGCAGCAGAGAGCUGGGGAAGGAGGGAGUGGCUUGCAGAAUUUGGUUUCCGGAAAUAGUACAGAAACCGCUCCGCCGGAGCAAACUCAAGGGAAUAGUGGGGAACAAGUGACAUCUUUUGAUGGAGGAGCUUCUCUAGAAGCAGUGUUUUUGGCUUUGUUUGACGCUGUUAUAGGAGCAAAGGACAAGACUGUGAUGUUUAAACCACUAUUUGAAAAUCUUAUAUCCACCCUAGAAUCUUUAAAACCAUUGAUUGAAGAGGUAACAAAACAUAAGAAGAUAUUAGAUCGCACAGAGGAGCGACUCGAAGAUUUUAGAAUACAAAUGGAGAAUGGUGUAGAGCUCAUAGACAAGUGCGCCAAGGAUCACUUGUGGGUCAGCUGCAAACAGUAUAAAUACACUGACAGGCUUCUCAGAUUGGACGAAUCGCUUCAAAUACUGUUAAAUAUACUGAAAGUGCAAGUAGCAAGAGAUGUGAAGCAGACCUCUGCUUCAGUGCAACGUAUAGAGGCCGUGAUCAAGCAAAUUGAAGAAAGUGCUGUGCUUCAAGAUCAAAUUCAAACUAGAGCUCGGAAUGCAUUACCUGAACCUUUAUCACAUACAGUUGGAUUAGAUAUGCUGAAUGUGCGGGGAACAAGGGAUGUGAAGGAGGCAUUGCUUUCUGUCAGGAAUAAAAUAGUGGUUGCGGAGAAAAUCGAAGGAAGUGGUGUGGUACAGAACCUAAGUGAAAUUGAAGGAUUGCGUUCAAGUAGCAAACUGUCGACUAUCUCGGUGCCUUCAACUCUUCGGACAGAGGGUGAGAUCGUGCAGUCCUCCAAUGUGAAGAAAUUCGGAUUUAAUGAACUGAAAACAGCCACCAGGAACUUCCAUUCUGAUUGUAUUUUGGGUGAAGGACAUUCAGGUUCUGUCUUUAAGGGGUGGGUUGAUGAGAAUUCACUAACAGCUGCCAAGCCUGGUACUGGCAUGGUUGUUGCUGUGCAAAGGCUUAACCAAGAAGAUCUGCUGGGUCACAAAGAAUGGUUGGCGGAAAUCAACUACCUUGGGCAGCUGCAUCAUGAAAAUCUUGUGAGGUUGAUUGGUUACUGCUUAGAGGAUGACCACCGACUUUUGGUGUAUGAAUUUAUGCCUCGCGGAAGCUUGGAUAGACAUCUAUUUAACAAGUCUUCUUUCUUUCAACCACUUCCGUGGAACCUUCGUAUGAGGAUUGCCCUUGGUGCUGCUAAGGGUCUAGCAUUUCUUAGCAGUGAUCUGCAAGUGAUUUAUCGUGACUUCAAAACUUCUGAUAUCCUGCUGGAUUCGAUGAACAAUGCUAAACUUUCAAAUUUUGGUCUGGCCUGGGGUUGGCCAGCCAGUGAUAAAACCCAUGUCUCAUCAAGGGUCUUGGGGACAUAUGGGUAUGCAGCUCCUGAGUAUAUAGCCACAGGUCAAUUCACUGCCAAAAUUAAUGUGUAUAGUUUUGGAGUUGUUCUGCUCGAAAUGGUGUCUGGCAGACCAGUUGUGGACAAGAAUCGGCCAUCCGGAGAACACAAUUUAGUUGAAUGGGCCAAGCCUUACCUUGCCAGCAAACGCAAAGUUUCCAAAAUUUUUGAUGCUCGUAUUGAAGGACAGUACUCUUUGAGUGACGCUCUCAAAGUAGUUAAUCUAGCAAUUCACUGCUUAGCAGCAGACCCCAAGUCUAGGCCAAACAUGAACGACGUGGUAAUAACAUUGGAGCAGCUUCAGAAAAGUGAACCUUCCCAAGUGCCGGCUGAUCGUUCGAAGGGUCCAACCGGUCUGACAUGAAGUGGGAGUAAUUUUUGCCUCCAUUCUAUCAAAUCUUCAAAUUACUCCUAUACACAACCGUUAUUUUGAAAGUUUGGAAAACAGUAGAUAGUUUUGUAAAACUAAUUUCUUGAGUUUUCCACCUUUACUCUAUUUAUGAAUUCAUGAGUAAGAAUUAUUGCACUUUGUAACUUUUUAUGUGUUUACACACAAAAAAAAAAAAAGAAUAAUUGGAAGAUACGAGUCAUACGACUUUUU